AGAUGGAAAUGUGGAAUAUGACAAAAGCUGCUGGUGCCUUCCUUCACAAAAGCUAUUCCAGGAAAAUCAGCAGUUUCCUCUGUCUCUGUGAAUAAGAGGUGAUGUCUCUUGCGGUCUCCCCAUACAUGACUACCUCAAACCGCACUGGUGUUAGCCACACAGUCUUCCACUUGCUGGGCAUCCCCGGCUUAGAGGAAAAGCACAUGUGGAUUUCCAUCCCCUUCUUCAUUUCCUACGUCAUGGCUCUGCUUGGGAACAGCCUGCUCAUCUUUAUUAUCCUCACAAGAAGCAGCCUACAUGAACCCAUGUACCUCUUCCUCUGCAUGCUGGCCGGAACAGACGUUGUCCUCUCCGUCACAGUACCUCAGGCCUUGGCUAUCUUCUGGUUCCAUGCUGGGGAGAUCUCCCUGGAUCGCUGCAUCACUCAGGUAUUCUUCGUCACUUCCACGUUCAUGUCCGAGUCAGGAAUCCUGCUGGCGAUGGCGUUUGACCGCUACAUUGCCAUAUGCUACCCACUGAGAUACACCACUAUUCUUACACACAUGCUGAUUGAGAAAAUUGGUGUGACCAUCUUACUGAGAAGUUUUGGUACAGUAUUCCCCAUGACAUUUCUUCUGAAAAGACUGACGUUUUGUAAAAGUAACAUUCUACCACACACUCUUUGUGAACACAUUGGGUUGGCUAAAUAUUCCUGUAAUGACAUACGAGUAAACAUCUGGUAUGGACUUUUUGUCCUAAUAUCAACAAUUUCUUUAGAUGUUUUCUUAAUUAUUGUUUCAUAUAUGCUUAUUCUUCGUGCCGUCUUCCGCAUCCCUUCCCAAGAUGCUCGCCACAAAGCUCUCAACACAUGUGGUUCCCACGUCUGUGUCUUCAUUCUCUUUUAUGUCCCUGGGAUCUUUACGACCCUCACUCAGCGGUUUGGACGCCACAUCUCACCCCAUGUCCACAUCCUGCUGGCCAAUGUCUGCAUUGUGGCUCCUCCUAUGCUGAAUCCCAUCAUUUAUGGGAUCAAGACCAAACAGAUCAGGGAACAGGUGACUCAUGUGUUGUUUCCAAAAGAGAUAUGA